AUGGCUCCAAAGAGAUUGUUUUAUGAAGAUGACGAAGUCAUAAUAACCAAACCAGGAUUCAAUGUAGAAAUUUCUGAUGAUUUGAAAGAACAGGAAUCUUCCCACGGAAACAUUUCAUUCAUUAAAGGUAUGGGAAUUAGAACAGCCCCAGUUCUUGAAGAAUAUGUUAAUAAGACUAGAUUAAUUUUACAUGAGAAAUUAAGCUACUACGGUGCUGAAUUGGGCACUCAACAAUCAGCUCUUUGCAACGAAUACAGAACGAUUAAGAAUGAAGUUCAAUCGUCAAUUAAAGAACCUGUUUUGCCGAAUUUAAUUUAUAUUUUAACUUCAUCAUUGACCGGUUCAAUUUUAGUUAAUAAAAGAUCAUUACCACUUAGAUUCAUUACUCCAGUUAUUUUUGGUGGAGUUGCAUUCAAUUAUUUCAUGCCUAGAUCCUACAAUGUUGUACAAGAAAAAUUUACGACCUAUGAGAAGGAAAAUUUACCAGAUGCUUACAAGAAUCAAAUCACUUUAGCUGAAAAGUAUCAAGAUUUCAAGAAGGGUUUAUUUGAAGGAUUAGACAAUACAAGCACUCAGAUUGAAAACUCAGUUCAUGAUGCCAGAUUGUAUUUGGCUGAUAUUUUUUCGGAUAAGAAAUAG